UCUUCAAAUCCAGUUACUUGCAUUUGAAGCAAUGUUAGAAUUAAUUUGGGAAUGGUGGUAGUUGGGUGAAAUUAUGAAAUGUGUGAUGCAGCAUGCUCCACAUCUCUCCCAUUUGAAACUCACUACUAUCUCUACUUUCUCUCUGAGUUUGGUGGGAGAAAAAGACUCAAAAUUCAACACUUGAAAGUUGAAAACACAACACAACACACAGAACAAAAAACAAAACACAAACCAUACAAUUGAAUGAAAUGAUGAAAAACAAAGAACAAACACUCAUAUUUCCUUCAUACACCCCCUUUUCCGAAGACCACACCCUCCCUCUUUCCCACCUCGACACCGAUCGCAACCUCCACCUAACCAUCCGCUACCUCCGCGUUUACACCUCCACCACCGCCAACAACCACCACAAAGACCCUUUCCACGUCAUCUCUACCUCCCUAUCACAAACACUCCCUCACUACUACCCACUCGCCGGCACACUUCGCCACCGUCAAAACUCCGACAACCGUCUCGAACUCUUCUGCACAACCAACCAAAGCAUCCCUCUCAUCCACACCACAGUAGACAUCACUCUCGAAUCCAUCAACUACCUCGAUGAUAAUCCUUCUUCACAUUUCAUCGAACAGUUGGUGCCCGAUCCAGAACCCGAAGAAGGAAUGAAGCAUCCAUGUAUGCUUCAACUAACAAUUUUCAAAUGCGGUGGAUUCACUCUCGGUGCAGCGAUUCAUCACUCGCUAUGCGAUGGAAUGGGUGGGACUUUGUUUUUUAACUCGGUGGCUGAGUUGGCUCGUGGAAUGACUCGGAUAACGGUGGAGCCUGUAUGGGAUAGAGAGAAGUUGUUGGGUCCGAGAGAUGUGCCACGUGUGGAUUCGCCGUUGGUAAGAGAGUUUUUGAGUUUGGAUAAAGAUUUUUUGGUGUAUAAAGAGGAUAUUAGUGGUGGUGUGAGUGUGAGUGUGAGAGAGUGUUUUCAUGUGAGGGAUGAAUGUUUAGAAGAGUUUAAGAGAUUAUUGGUUGAUCAAUCUGGAGUUAAGUUUACCACUUUUGAAGCUUUAGGUGCUUACAUUUGGAGAUCCAAGAUAAAGGCUGCAGGAGUGGAGCAUAAUGAGAAGGUUAAGUUUGCAUACUCAAUUAAUAUAAGAAGAUUAAUAAAGCCAUCACUACCAGCUGGAUAUUGGGGAAAUGGCUGUGUUCCAAUGUAUGUUCAACUAAGUGCCAAAGAUUUGAUAGAGCAACCAAUUUGGAAAACAGCAGAGCUAAUAAAAAAGAGUAAAACUAAUGUUACUGAUGAGUAUGUUCGUUCCUUCAUUGAUUAUCAGCAUCUGCAUUUUGCUGAUGGGAUCACAGCAGGAAAAUGGGUGAGUGGAUUCACUGAUUGGAGACAUUUGGGUCAUUCUACUGUGGAUUUUGGAUGGGGUGGUCCAGUUACUGUUUUGCCACUUGGAAGAUACUUGCUUGGGAGUGUUGAACCUUGUUUCUUUUUGCCUUAUUCUACAGCUUGUGCUGAGAAAAAAGAUGGGUUUAAGGUUUUGGUUAAUUUGAGUGAGGUAGCUUUGCCUGCUUUUAGAGAAGACAUGCAAAUGUUUGCUAGUAGUCAAGAGGUGUUGCCCGGGUCACGCAUUUGAUUGAUUGUAUACUUCAAGAAUUGAACUUAGAAUCAAAUGGUUAAGGAUUCUAAAUAUUUAACGUUUGUGUCACACUAUGUUGGUAUUGAUUGUAUACUAUUAGCCAUUGAUUUUAUGUAAUAAAUAAUGAUGAGUUUAGACA